CGAUAUUGAACCGCGUAGUUGAGCUUCUGACAAUGUUUGCAUUGCGCCAACAUACGUCUGAUUGUAUAUUCAAAGUGAUGAGUUCAAUGUCCAAGGAAAAAUGGCGCCCAGGACGAGAGGAUGUAGAGUGUUUUAUAGAAUGGGAUCCAACUGGAGUCUACAUCGGUGAACUGAAUGGCAAACCGAUUGGAUUCGUGUAUAUGAUUAAACUUCAUCCCACGUGUUGUAAUUUUAGGUGUUUCUUCAUUGAGAAGACGUACCGAGGAAAUGGUUAUGGAAUAGAAAUGUUUAAAAUUGCCACAAAGGAUCUUUCACCAUCGCAAAAUAUCAUCGCCUACUCUAUGACAGACAUGGUUCAAAAGUACAAGAAUCGGUUUGGUUUUCAAGACUAUUGGAUUGCACCAGUUUUCAGUAUUAAUCUCUCAUCAGCUUUAAAAAAGCUCAGCCAGUUUCAAACAAAUUCUAAUUCUCUCGUUGUCAAAACUUUCAAGGAAAUCGACUUUAAGGCAUUGCGUGACUAUGAUGCCGUGAUGUUUGGAUACCAGCGUGAGGCAUUCUUGAAUAGAUUUCUCAUCACGCUAGGUACUCACGCGAGAGUCGCGGUAUCGAGUGACGGCACAAUAGUGGGUUAUGUUGUAUCCAGGGCAACGUAUGACACAAAUGAUGGAUACAGGUUGGGGCCAUUUUACGCCAACUCACUAGACAUUGCCAUUGCACUGCUGAAAGCUCUUCUCAAAGAUAUACCGACUCAAGAAUCAUCGUUAAUCUUAGACGUUCCAACAAGUAGAAAUCCCGAUGCCAAGAGACUAGUAGAGAUUCUCGAUGGAGCACAUCUAUUUGAUACAACGUUCAUUGCCACAAAAGGAAUUCCUAAUGGGCAUAUUGAACAUUGCUUUGCUUUGGUAGCACCAUAGGAUGAAACAACUAGUGUGGCACAGCGAAAAGAAGGAAAGUGAAAAGAAAAGGGAGGAAAUCUCAAAGGGCGGAAAUAAGGAAAGAAAAUAUGGGAUAAAAGAGGAUGGAAGAUUGUAAAGGAGGAAGGGAGGACACACAAGAAAAAUAAAGAAUGUGACAGAUGAAGGAGUGUAGAUGACAUGAGGGUACACGUUUAUCUGGGUCAGUGACCGGCAGU